GGAAGAAAUUUCUUUGCAAGAAAACCAAAAUCAAGGUCUUGACUACGGCUCAGAAAACCAGACAUUUCGGAUAACUACCUAACCCUCAAUUCGUCUAGCAUUGAUAGGCUAAUUAAUGUCUCAUGAUUGGGCCAUAGCCUAUGCAUAUCAAGAGCUAUAUACAUUUAACAAACUAAUAAUUAACAAGCAGUUUAAAAUCGUUAUACAUACUGGCUAUGAUUUCAGUAGUCCGAGAAACAAAGUGCGGUUCUCACUUUUACACACGACGCAAUUAAAAAGACGUGAUUAAAGGCCUGAACUACUCGUAGGAGAGGAGUAUCAAGAUAAAUCUUGUCGAGCCUGCACUGGAUAUUUACUGAAUUAACUGAACAUUUCGCGUGUAGCGACAGAUUUUUUAAAUGGAUCUUCAAGCCUAAUUAUUAACAGGGUAGAGCAGACGAACAGAAGAAAUUUUGUUUUUCAACACCACUUUCUACAACUACAAUUCUACAACUAACCAACAUGGAUAAAGUCAACGAGAGAACCGGUCUUCUGGUGGAACAUCACUUUCCCGGCAGAUUAUAUGGUGAUCUUGGUGCAGAGGAGCAACGAAUUGGCCAACAGCACUGUCACUCAUCUGCUGGCGAGGCCCUUCGUGGAGAGCAGGGGAAGCGCAGGGCCCGCCUCCAGCUGUACGUGGCCUCAUCUGUCUGUCUGCUGUUUAUCAUCGGCGAGGUGAUUGGGGGCUAUCUGGCCCACAGUCUGGCCAUCCUCACAGAUGCAGCCCACCUGCUGACAGAUUUUGCCAGCAUGCUGCUCAGCCUCUUCUCACUGUGGAUGUCGUCCCGCCCUGCCACCAAGACCAUGAACUUUGGCUGGCACCGAGCAGAGAUUCUGGGGGCGUUGCUGUCUGUGCUUUCCAUCUGGGUGGUGACGGGUGUGCUGGUGUACCUGGCAGUGCAGAGAAUGAUGUCACAGGAUUUUGACAUUAAUGGCAGCGUCAUGCUCAUCACGUCCGGCUGUGCUGUUGCGGUGAACAUCAUAAUGGGUAUCACUCUUCAUCAGUGCUCUCACCACCAUGGUCACAGCCAUGGAUCUAACAGUCCUCCAGAUUCCCGCAAGCCUCAGCAGAAUGCGAGUGUGCGUGCUGCCUUCAUCCAUGUGAUUGGGGAUCUGCUGCAGAGCCUGGGAGUGUUGAUGGCCUCUUAUGCCAUCUACUUCAAGCCGGGGUUAAAGCUGAUCGAUCCCAUCUGCACCUUCCUCUUCUCCUUCCUCGUCCUGGGAACCACUCUCGCUAUCCUCAGGGACGUGCUCACCGUGCUGAUGGAGGGUACUCCGCGGGGGCUGGACUUCUCACAGGUGAAAGAGACGCUGCUGUCAAUCCGAGGAGUGAGAUCCCUCCACAGCCUGCAUAUUUGGGCUCUAAGUGUCAAUCAACCAGUGCUGUCUGUUCACAUUGCCAUCAAGGAUGGGGUGGAUGGACAGGCAGUGCUGAAGGAAGCCAGUGGGAUCCUGCAGGACAAGUUUGACUUCCACACCAUAACCAUCCAGAUUGAGGAUUACUCUGAGGACAUGCAGAGCUGUCAGCAGUGCCAGGACCCACAGGACUGAGAGGGGAGGAGAGCGAGUGCGUGCUUGCGUGCAUGUGCGCGUGUGUGUGUGCGUGCUGGGAGCUGAUUUAGAUAAAUGAAAAUUAGAUUAAAAUGAACGAGUGCAGGACACUGGCACAACAGUGCACCAGCAAAAAGAGCAGAUAAUAUUUAAUAGAUUUAUUUAUUAAUGUUUGAAAAGGUAGACUGUGAUUCGUAUGGUGCCCUGACGCCGAGAGUACAGGAUGACUGAACUGCCUAGUCCAGUCCCACAACACCUGCUGGUAUUGUAGUGUCGUGUACUGGCUGUCCAACAGAAGUGAACUGAUAAAUAAACGUAAAAUGGGAAAUG